UAUAGCCAAAGGACUUUUUGUUUAUAUUUUGAAUAGUACUUAUUCAUUUUAAAAACAAUUUAAAUUACGUGCUUUUAUAAGAUAAAAAUGACUACAAAUAUUUGUAGAGUUUGUUUAAAUCACGAAUACUUAGUGAACAUAUUCAAAAAAGUAAACUUCCUUACUAUAUCUGCUAAAUUAAUGUCUGUAGCAAAAGUGCAUAUAGCAUCAGGAGAUGGCCUUCCAGAAACAAUAUGUUCAAAAUGUGUUCAAAAACUAGACAAUUGCAUAGAAUUUAUAGAACUAUGUGAAUCCUCUGAUAUGAAACUGAGGUCUUUACUAGAAAAUAAGACCACAGACGCUAAAUUAUUGAUAGGAAAUAUAAGGAUUAAUAAUUCAAGAAAUGACAACUUUAUAACUGAAAAUGAUGGUUCAUUGUCGCCUAAGAGCGAGGCAGAGAAACUGUUUAUAGAUGAAAGCAUAGAUCACAGUUUAAUAGACCAAACAACUUUAAAUGAAGAGUUCCUAGAAAAUGAAAUAGUAGUGAAAACAAAAAUAGAACAUGAUACUGCAAGAAUAGAAAACAAGAAGUCUCGUAAACAACAAUGUUUUACUUGCGGUAAAGUUGUAUCUUCUAGGCGUCUUUUCAGGUUUCGCCUCAAGACCCAUAUGCAGACUCACACAGGAGAGCGCCCGUACACCUGCCCCCAUUGUAACAAAAACUUCUCUCUAGCACAGAACUUGAAAGUGCAUUUGCGAGUGCAUACGGGUGAGAAACCACUGCUUUGUCCUAUAUGUGGAGACGCGUUUGCUCAGUCUGCUGGAUUAGCCGCACAUAAGCGCAAGCACUCAGGAAUAUUGCCCUAUGUGUGCAAACUAUGUCCCCGCUCCUUCCGUACCAUUGGACACCUUCAGUACCACACACGGCGACAUACAGGCGAAAAAAAUUUCGAGUGUGAUACAUGUGGUCGUGCAUUUAUUACGCGCAGUGAUUUAAAGCGACAUUUACUGACGCACACAGGCGCCCGCCCUCACGUGUGUUGUAUCUGUGGAAUACGACUCAGGCGCAAUGCCGACGUAAAAAGGCACAUGCAACUUACACAUAACAAAAGUGUCUAUACCUGUGCUCAUUGCCCAGCAGAUUUCUUAAAAAAAAGUGAACUGGAAAAGCAUGUUAAAACUCAUGCAAAUUAAAGUUCAAAUUCCUUUAUUUAUUUUUUAAUUUUGCUACUUUGUUUGUAUAAGACUUACUAGAUUAUAACAGCUAUUUGUUUUGUUUCAAGUGUUUAAUUAUUAUUUAUUGUGAUUGUGUAUUUGAGUGUGAUAACUCUGCUUAUCACAUAAUACUUAGUGUUAACAAUUUAGGACUGAAGUACGGGCACACAGGUUUUAGGAAAAUUUUGUAUUUAACACUGUUUCAUAGAAUAAUAAAUAUUAUUAAUUUCCUUAGUCUAUAAGUGAUAUAAUAACACAAUAUGAUGGUUGCUAAAAGAGAUUUUCAAUAAUUUUGAUAAAAACAUUUUUUUAAAUAAUAAAAAUUAUUAAAAAGUAUUGAAAAUACUGUUGUGAUGUGAAACAUUAAAUAAUAAAUGUAUUUUGAUACA